AUGUUUAUUCAUGUUGUCAUUCUUUAUCUAUUGAUCAUUCCAAAUAUUGUGUAUAGUCAAUGCUAUUCAAAAUCACCUCAGACGUGGAUAUGUGAUGGAAAUUAUAAACCAAAUAAUCUUACAUAUCAAACUAUUCUUGAUAGUCAUGAAUUAGAAAAUUUCUUUCUCAAUAAUUAUCAAAAGGCAAUAUUUCGCAUAGAUAAUUAUCCACUAACACUUCGUCUAUUAAAUGCAAGUGGCAAUACAUUUCAAUCUAUAAUAAUGACAUCUAAAAAUCGUUUUAAAUCAAAACUUCGUCAAUUAAUAUUAGAGUCAAAUAAUCUUGAGCAAUUUAAUAUUGAUACUAUUGUUUUACCUUAUUCAUUAGAAAAGAUUUCUUUAGCAAAUAAUCGACUUAAAAUUAUCGAUGCUCGGCUUUUUACGCAUCUAAAAAAUUUAAUUGAAAUUGAUUUAAGAAAUAAUCAAUUAAAACGUAUUUUACCAGAUCUAUUAUUAGGUAGAAAUAUUAAUUUAGACAAUAAUCCACUUGAUUGUCAAUGUACUUCGGAAGAAUAUAGAACCAUAUGUGAAAAAGCAACAAGUAUUAAACAAAGAACCAUUGAAAGUAAUAGUUGUAUGGCACCAUAUUAUCAAGCUCCAAUAAGUGAUCGAUCAUUACCAGCAUAUUUUCGGUUUUCAACAAUUGUUCUUAUCUGUCCAAUAAGUGCACACCCACCACCUGUAAUUAUCUGGCUUACACCCUUUGGUAAUUUAACAUCGAUCAAUUCAACUAGUAUUGAUUUACUAUCAUCUAAUGAUAACGAUGAACCAAUCUAUGUUACAAUUACAGCUUUAGCUGGUCCAUUUACAGCUCGUACGCAACAUACAUUACAUGCAUUCAAUGGAAGUCGUUUAUCUGUAACGCAAACACGUGCUGCACUACAAAAUCGUAUAUCAUGUUCGGGUAUAAAUAUGCUAGGUUCUUAUACAUAUGAAUUUGAUUUUGAUAUUGAAACGUAUGUACAAAGUCGUGCUCUAUGGCACAUUAUUUAUACUACAGCUUUUGGAUUUUUUAUGGCACUUGUUGCUGGUGCAUUAUGUGUGACAUUGAAGCGUACAUAUUAUCAUGGUGAUAAUUUAAAAACACCACCAAUAUAUCCAACGAUGACACCAAAUAGCGCUGCACGUACUCCGCCUAAUUUUGAACUUAAUCAAUGGUUAUCAUUGGCAGCAGCUAAUAUCAGUGGUACACUCGAACAAGUACGCGAUAAAUUACGUAUAGGUGUUCAACAAGUUAGUGAACAUAUGGGACAGACAAUGGGUCGUGCCACUGAAUUGUUUACUUAUGGUGUACAACAUGCUGGCGGUACUAUUCGACAAGCUGCUGAAACCUCUGCUGCAUAUUUACAUUCAAUUCGUGAAACAAGUCAACAACGUUUAAAUACUAUGCGUGUACAAACAAUAUCAUCUUUACGUAAUCCAGGUCAUUUAAUGCGUGCUGGUAUGAAUAUGCUAACAACUCAAGUUAAUUCUUUACGUGAUUAUUGUGGUGUUACCGCUGGUAAUCCACAUCCAUCCGAUUAUGCAUUUCAACAACAACAACUUCAUCAUUUACAAAAUUCACCAGGACCAAUAUCAUAUAUGCGUCAAAAUCAAAUCGCUACUAUUAUUGAAGAAGAUGAAACAAAUGGUGAACCAACAACAAUGAUAAACGGCAUGGAUCGUAUACCUUAUGUUGGACAUACAUUAUCUUCUGUUCCAGUAAAUGCAUCAGGCAUUGGUCAACUUGAUACAGCCGAUAAUUCAGUCUUAUUAGCACUUGAAAAUUUUAACGAAUCAACAGGCGCCAAUACUGUCAUAAAUAAUGACAUUGUAAUAGCUCACGGGCAAAUGAGUGCAGGUAUUGGCACAUUUCAUGAUUAUAUACGUGAUAUUGAUGAUGAUCUUAUUGAUGAACCCGAGCGAUUAACUAUCUAUGGUGACCAACGUCCACAUUGUUAA